AAGUAUAAAGUAUAAAUAUAAAUAAACCAUCAUUUAAUUAAUAUAAUGAAACCUACGCACUUUCAAUCCUUAAAUCCUUAAACGCCGCCUAACAACUAUGUUUUUACUACAUGCGUUCAAUCUCUGACCUUCGCUUGUUCUUAGGUUAGCAUGCCAUCUGUAAAAUGAAUUGUGAAUAGGUACACAACAGUCUUAAGGUAUUUAAGACAUAAUAUAAUGGAUACUUCUCUAAUGAAUUACUUAUUCGUAUAGGUUCUUACAUUUCUUAGUGACAAUAAAUUUUAAGGAUAAAGUAACAUAUUUAAACCAGCCUUAGCAACCACAAGAACAAAUAAAACGCUUACUAGAAGUAUAAAAGCUGCAUAAGUUUUCGGAAACCCAUCAGUGUAUCCUGCAAUACGAUACUGAUACAAUGGCUCGUUUGUUCUUAUUUGUCUUAGUUCUAGCUAUUGUUUCCUGUGUCUUUGCCCUGCCAGGCCAGAAGCACUACAGUGGACAGGCGCACGCAUCGCACGGCAGUAUCGGUGUCGGCAGUGUCAGCGGAGGUGACUUCGGUGCUGGUGCCUUCAGCAUCGGCCACGGCGGCAGCAGCUCUGGCUAUGGCACCGGCGGUCAGGGAGGUAGCCACGGUAGCAACCACUAUGGUCGCUGAACUGGGUUUCACAAUACAUAAGGAAUUUAAUAUCGAUAAAUGUAGGUAUCUGACCAUCUUGCAAUAAAAACUCUUCUCAAUUUUUAAUUUGUUUUUUAAUCACCUCUUCGGUUUAAUUACGAUACCACUACUUUAAAUUAUUGUAAAAUACAUCGUAAGUAUUGGAAGGUAAGAACGAAAAGGAAAGAGUACCUAAGUACCUAAGGUAAGUAAACAAAAUGGAUGUAAACAUAGCCGAGGUCACAAAAGUACUAAACUUGAAGUUUGUAGUUAAUUGCGCGUAUGUGAUGAAAAUCAGGCAAUACCUGAGGAUAUACACUUGCUUUUCGUACCUUGAGAUUGCUCUAUUUUUGCUUAAGUGGUAGGCUAAGGAGGUUUUGUUUGAAGGAUCGGAGGUGGAAACAGUAAAGAAAUCAGCUCGCUGCCUCCUCCUUUAAAAGACGAAACCCGUGCCGGUGGGUAUGUGCGUGUUGAUGCGCAGGUUAAA